GACACCAAGUGCAAGUAAUAAAUAUAUAAAUUUUUGAUUUCACUUACAACAAAUUUUACCAUGUACCACGUUAAAUCGAUUACUUUUAUUUGUCUUGUCUCCCUUGAGAUUUUGGUUGUGGUCACUACAACCCCGCAUCAUCCAUACCUCGAAGGGCGUGCUCAUGGACCACGUAAAUGCAAUGGCAAAGAGAUUCAUAUCUCGGAAUCAUACCCCAUAAAUGAAACGAAGCAAAUCUGCGACGUGAAAGUAGCCACCAACUUAAGUGCAGAAUUCAGGAAGAAACUAGACAACAAGCCAGAGAAAGAGGUCUGGAGGGAUCAUUUUCAUUGUAUUUUAGUCUGUCAGAUGCAAGAACUAGAACUGCUUAACGAGAAAGGAGAAAUAAUUGAAAGUGAAAUCGAGGAUUUCGUAAAAGACACAUUCCCUUCAGAAGAGGCUUCCCUACUGAUCCCUAAAUUAUUGGACUGUGCGAAUCAAUUUGGGAAGCGAAUGGACGUUUCUGGAGACUGUGAGAAAAAUCGACUCAUUUUUCAAUGUGCUCGUUUGGCUGCUAGAGAGGUGUGCAAACUGGUCGGUAAUGAGAAUGGGAAUGCUACAACUGCUGGGCAGUAACGUUUUUACUUUUUGCUAACGAGAUACAACAUGCGUCACUUGGAAUCUCAUUUAGAAGCAAAUAAUUGUUAAUUGAUCUGGAACAAGUGUAGUAACUUUGCUUUAAAUGUAUAGUCAAGUUCAUUUAGAUAGUUUGAAUACCAAAUAAAAAAUUAUAAAAA